AGCUUGUCUAUGUAAUUCGUAAUUUGGUGUUAAACCAAAAUAGGAGAUGGAGAACUACCUUCUCAUUGCUACUUUGAUCAGCACAAGUCUCGUAUUUGCUUGUUACAUUAUUCUCAUGGUAGGAGAUACAUGUUCUCGAGCCACUAAUGAUUGUGAGUUGGGAUCACAAUGCCUCGAGUGCAAUUCGCAAAAUCGCUGUACACGAAUUCAAACUAUAAGUCCUAUUUCAAGGGUGAAAGAUCUCCCAUUUAAUCAAUACUCAUGGCUUACAACCCAUAAUUCAUUUGCAUGGAGAGGAGUGAACUCAAGUAUUGGUUUUCCAAUUUUGGGCAUCAUGAACCAAGAAGACUCCAUUACGGAUCAACUCAAAAAUGGUGUAAGAGGAUUAACGUUGGAUAUGAAUGAUUACAAAGAUGACAUUUGGUUAUGUCAAGGACCAUGCUCUAAAUAUACAGCUUUUCUACCAGCAAUUUAUGUUCUAAGAGAGGUCAGGGCAUUCCUUAAAACACAUCCAACACAAAUCAUCACCAUUUUCAUUGAGGAUCAUGUAACAUCACGAAAUGGUGUGAAUAAGGUGUUUAAUGGAGCAGGGUUGAGGAGAUUUUGGUUUCCAGCAUCUAAAAUGCCUAAAUAUGGCGGUGACUGGCCAACCGUCAAAGAAAUGAUACGUAGGAAUCAUAGGCUAAUUGUGUUCACUUCAAAUGCUACUAAGGAGGCUCGUGAAGGAAUUGCAUACGUGUGGAAUUAUGUUGUAGAAAAUCAAUAUGGGCAUGAUGGGAUGAAGGGAGGUUCUUGUUCAAAUCGUGUUGAAUCAUUGCCAAUGAACACAACCACAAAGUCACUAGUCUUAAUGAACUACUUUCGAAAUGUACAAAAUUCUAAAGAAGUUUGUAGGGAUAACUCAUCUCCAUUGAUUAGCAUGAUGAAUAUGUGCUUCAUGGUUGCGGGUAAUCGAUGGCCUAACUACGUUGCUGUUGACUUUUACAAGAGAAGCGAUGGUGGGGGGGCUCCAGACGCAUUGGAUAUGGCAAAUAAAAACUUGCUUGAGACGUAAGAAAUGCAACGAAUGACUUGUAUAAUUAUUUUUGUUAUAUAAAGAUGAAGGAUUACAUACUGAAGAAUAUGUGUUCCAAUUAUAUGUUGAACACAACUUUCUCUCUCUUUUAAGCAUGUUAUCCCCUGCAUGCAUGGUUCCUAAUUUCUUUCCCUGGCCCCACUAGCUCUCAUGGUAUAGUAGCAACAUAACUUUUUCCCCUUGUUUUUUCUUUUCAAAUCAAUUUGGCCUUUGGCACACAUAUGCAGCUUUACUAUUUAACCAUAGUAUGAACUUGAUUUUUCCCCUUGCUAUUACUAAACAAGCAAGUUGGGUUCAUAUUUUCAAUUUUGUUGAGUUAAAAAAAUUCAGAUUAAUGGUUUCAAAAUGUUAUGCAAA